AUGGCAACACGAUCCAUUCCCUUCAUCCUCUGCGGCCGAACCCCCCAAAUCGCAAAAGCUGUACGCGAAGGCGUAGCACCAGAAUACCACGUCCCCCACACCUUCCUCUCCCUCGAAGAUGCCAAAUCCAACAUUCCCCCUCUCCUCUCCCCCACCAACCCCUCCCGCCCCGUAGCAGUCGUGCUCGGCGGCGGCUUCGACGACGCCAUGUUUGCAGAGAUAAAAGAGGCGUGUGAUACAGCACAAGGGGGAAAGGAAGUCGCGUGGUUACGCACGGAUAUAACGGGGAAGGUGGAGAUGCCCGACAUGAAUGAUCGUGAGGCGUAUGGGAAGGCGAUGGGGGCGAGGUUGAAAAGAGGGUUGGAAGGGUUGGGGGUGGGGAGGGAGGAGGGGGUUAAGGGGGGUGUGCAUUUUUUCUAG